AAUAGCUUCAUUCAAUCAACCAUUUGCAUGUUCUAAAAUCUAUCUUUCAUCCAUCGCUAGCCUGGCAAUCUUUGAUCAAUACCAAUUUCAGCCUCUCGCCAAAUCGCACCUGAAGUUCCAUCGCUGAUUUGGCCGAUGCCGAAUCCUUCCCGAUGUCAAUGAACACACCGAAUCACACAGGUGGACUGAAUAGACCACUUGCUAAGAAUAUCGCUAGACAGUCAAGCACACCGGCUAGCGAACGACACAAUGGGCAGGGGAACAUUCCCUCAACUAGCCAGGAAGGAAGGUCCACAGACGGGAAUCGAGACAGCGACAGCAACCAGGCGAGAAUCAAUCACAAGGAAUCGCAACGCCGUUAUGCAUUCGCCCUGAAACAAUGCCGCCAGAUCGAAGAGGAUACCAAACACUGGCUUCCGGAACACAAGAGGUUCAUUCCUCGUCUCGCCGCUGACACCGCAUGGAAUCAAGACGCGAUGGGCCGGUACAGCUUUGACCUCGAGACUGUCCGGCUCGUCAUCGCUUUGGAAGAAUACAUGCCCACGAGCCUGGCCAUCAGGCGUGUCUUUGGUGAUGAAGCGGAAGACGUCGACGAUCCCCCUGAUCCUGAAAAGCUGCGCAACGUGCGGCUCAGACAGGCAGGCCUCUUCCUGGAGCUCCUCAGGGACGCAGAGGGAAAUGUCGACGGGACGCUUGCCGACGAUCGCAGGAUCCAAAGUUGUUUCUUCAAGGCGACCGAGUGUCCCCUCAACGCGUACGCGGACAACUUCGAGUUCGCCGUCUUCAUCUUUGAACAGGAGGUGGAGAGGUUCCAAAGGAGAUCCAGCGAGAAGGUUUUGUCCGAGGAGGUCAUCUUCGAAUACUUUGCGCCAUCGCCGACUGGGAAUGCCAACUAGACCGGAAUUUCUCGAUCCCGUCAAUCGGCAAAAGAUACUCUUACCACAUCUGUCACCGCGCGGUGACCAUGAUCGCGGUGACUUUGAAUAGAAUCCGACGACGUGGCGUGUAUACUUAUAUUACCGGCUGCGUUAUAAUAUCAUGUAGGGAUUCAGAGCCAUCACAAGGGAUAGAUUGUCUUCCAAUUCGCCAAUCUUUUCGGCUAUGAACUUCGGUGGUGUAUAACACGAUAUGCUUGAUCGCGUACAUUGCGCGCUGCGGCGGUGUGCAACCUGUUCGAGAGGCUUGACCUUGUCAGUUUAGUCGAUCGCUUGUACGAUGCAUUACUCCC